GUUCUUUUAUUAUUUCUUCGAUAAUCAUUGUUUAAUUGUGUAAUAAAAUAUUUCAUCUGUUUCAAUUUGUUCGUUUUAUUUUUUUUUAAAGUUUAUUUUUUUAAAAAAAUGUCUCUUUUCAUUCUGGUAACUCUUUAAUACAACUUUCUAGAUGAGAUAUUUAAAAUCAUCCUACAUAUAUAUGUACAAGUUAACAUCAUAAGAUUCAAAAGUUUUCUUUAAUUUACUAAACUUUGUAUAGUCGAUUUUUGACAAACAAAUUAAAAUGAAGGGAUUAGCUCUUAAUAUAUAAAUAUGAAGUAGAUGUAUGUAGGGCUAUGGUUAAUUUGUUUUACAAAAGGUAAAACCAGGCUGAAGUAGGUGAUUAUAUAAUUUCAGCUAAGACCUUAGAUUCAAGGUUAAGGAGCGAUGACAUAAAUUAGGAUACAUAAGAGGUUAGUUAGAUAGUUGAUUGUUGUCUCGCAUAUUCUUCUAUACUAUUAGUCAUAUUAUUCUAGCAGUUGUUUGUCCUUUGAGUUCGGUUAUUAUCUCUGGUUUCUAUUGCUCUUCCAUUAUCGUGUAGCUAAAUUGACCACUGUUUAGAAUGAUAAGUCAGGUUGUUGGUAGUAUUUCGUGAUGACUUUUUUCAUGUUAGUGUAUUCUUUCUCUAUAUUGUUUUUUCCUCCCGAGCUAAGGGUGUAUGGAAAACAGUCUUUCUACCUCUAAGGUAGUAUUAAGGUUUGGAUACAUUCUACGACCUCCCACACCCCUCUUUGUGCGAUUACAGUGGAAUAUGUUGUUGAAGUAAAUGAUGCUAAUGUAUUCUAAGAAGUGAUCACUUUUUUAGUUUUAAUGGAUAUUUUUAGUAUUUUGUGAUUAAAGUUUGUGCUAAAUUUACAAGGAAUAUAAGUUACUACAUGGCUUCAUCCAACCAUAUCAAGUAGUGCUGAAGCAAUUGAAAGAAGUGAUGAUCUUGUUCUUAAGAUUCUAGUACUCCUCCCACUUCCCAGCAAAACCUCUGUUCAUGUUCAAAUUAGAUUCUAAACAUUGGUGAUAACUCGUUUCUGAUCUUUAUAUAUCCUCCUUGUGGAGGCCUCAAAACUUCCCCGAGUGCACUCAUUGUCCAGAGGUUAGCUUGGUCAUCCCGGGAUCAAUGUGACAACUUCUCUGUCUUUCCUCUCGAAAAUGAGUAUACUUCUGGUAGUCGACCCUUGGAUAACUAGACUCUUGGAUUUCAUCAAAGGCGACGCUUUAACUGAUAUGAUUGAAAUUAUGAGCUCGUGUGGUGGUUUAAUUUUGUGUUGUUGUCAUAAACAACGGAUCAGAGAGUACUACGUCUGUAACCCGAGCACUAACCAAUUCAGCAUUGUUCCAAGCAGUGGCGGAGCCAGACAUUUUAUGAACGGUUUGCAUACAGAGAUAAACUCCUGGAGGAGAUUACAGGAUCCGUUUCCAAUGUCAAUUCUAUCGGAAUUGAGAGGAACCACGGGAGUUUUCUUCAACGGAGCUACGAUCUUUUGGGUGUUUAAUAGCUGGUGUUAUUUCAAUGUGGAUACAGAGACUCUGCGCUACUUAGACAAUCCGAUGCAAGAAAUGAAUACUACUUAUCCAUAUACAGAUUAUUGGCUUGGAUGUGUCAACGAGCGUUUGUAUUUUGUUGGCCCUGCAGACGAUGGAUGGAUCCCUCAUGUCAGCGUGUUUGAAUUGGGAAACGAAUACUUGUGGAUCCUUAAGUAUAGGAAUGACCCAUUGUAACUUUGGAGUGGUUUUCUUUCGGUUAUGGCAAGAGAAGAUGAACUAUUUAUGGCCAUAUACGUGCAUUAUCAUGACCAAGUGAUGUUAAUGAAGCUAAGUGAUAAUACUUGCAGCAUGGUCUUGCCAAUGCCAUUACAUGCUUCUGCUCGCAUUGGGUCUGCAAAUUAAGUUUAUCAUUUCAUUCAGAAUCCAUUCUUGGUUAUCUAAGUAUAGACUUCUCUAUGACAGUUUCCUUUGUUAUGUCAUAUUAUAUGUUCUUUAUAAUUGUAUCUGGUCCACUAUAUAAGUAGUUGUAAGUUCUAUCAUCCCCAAAACUUCACUUCAUGGGGACUGGGGUAAUGUUGUUGUUGUUGUUGUUGUUUUGUAAGAGUGGAAAUUCACAAACAUAUUGUGUUUUUAUGUUUA